CUCACACUGUUUCUCUAGUCCUGUUCCUGAAGUCAGAGGAUGACCUGGAGUGACCUCAUCCAGAGAAUAGUCGUUCUUUCUCUCUCUGGACCUGGAAUGGUGGGGAACUUCCUCAUAGUUGUGAGACAUGCACACACUUUGGUCAUGGGUUCUGUGAAAAAAUCCAUAGACCUUAUUCUCAUCCAUUUGGCUUUUUCAAAUAUUAUCAUCAUCUGUACCACAGGAAUGAAAGACAUAAUCACAGUCAUUUAUAUCAGUAACUUCCUACUAGGUGAGAUUCUUUGUAAAACUGUGAUUUACCUGAAUAGGGUGGCUCGAAGUCUCUCCAUCUGCACCACUUGCCUCCUCAGUGUAGUCCAGGCCAUCACCAUCAGUCCCAGGAACACCUUGUGGGAACAGCUCAAACCACACACUGCAUGGCAGGUUCUUCCCUACCUCCUCUUCUUCUGGGUCUUUAGCUUCCUCAUUGGCUCUAACUUUCUCUAUUAUAUCACAGCAGUCAACAACAUGAAUGAGUCUAGUGUUAGACUCUACAUUGAACAUUGCUACAUGCUGCCAGCUCCACAAAUGAUCAGAUGGCUCUUCCUCUGCCUCAUGGCUCUUCGAGAACUCACCUUUCAGAGUCUCAUGGGCUGCAGCAGUCUGUACAUGGCUCUCUAUCUGUACAAACAUCACAAGCGUGUCCUCUACCUCCAGAGCUCCAGAUGUGCCAAAUAUCCCAGCCCAGAGAUCAGAGCUACUCAGAGUACUCUCAUUCUCAUGACCUGCUUCCUGUUCUUUUAUUGGCCAGAUUUCAUUUUGUCCUUCUACAUAGGGUUCACUCUGACACAGAUUUUCACAAUAUCCAAGCUUAAAGUAUUUCCAGAAUUUGGUUUUGCCAGUCUCAGUCCCUGUGUCCUGAUGCAGGAUCGAGCUUCCCUAAUGCCUCCUCCAGUUCCUGAAAACAUAGCUCAAGCACUGAUGGAGUGUGUCAGUGAGAACUGGUACACUCUUUCUGCCCUUCAGCAUCAGACACAGGAGAAACUGCUGAACCAUUUGUCUCAUCCAUCUUUACCUGUCCCCAUUCUUGAGCCACUCCACAUAAAUCAGAGGCCCUCAAAGACAGACAAGUGUUUACUGAACUCCACCAGGUAUGAGGAUGACAAAUGGGAUAAACUCCGGGACUGCCUGCUAGACGAAGAUCUUGGGAAACUCCUCACAGAAGUCAUAAAAAGGAAGGAAAGUGAAGAACAGCAUCUCCUGCUGCUCAGGACAGAAGGUAGGAACCCCGGGGACCAGACCAGAUUUACCAUUCCAGAAACACUGGUAUCAGACACCAACUCCAUAUAA